AGUUUAGGGUCCCAAAUUAUUUCGCACUUUCCCAGUGUUCAGUGUACUGUCACACGCGUUUUCAGUGUACUUUCACCAUGCUUCUUCUUUUCUCGUGUGAAAGUUUUGUUUCCUGUGGAUUCUGCCUGGCUCACGCAUCAUCUCUGACGGCUGGGCCGCAUACGCGCAGAUCAGGAACAUCGACGGUGGCAUACCAGCACGCGUCGUCCACGACGACAACUUUGUUGAUCCGGACGACCGAACGAUCCACACCUACAACGUGGAAAACAUGUGGAUGCGGGCCAAGCGCCAGCUGAAGCGCAACUUCGGCACCUCGCGAGAGUUGUUCCCGACGUACCUCUGCGAGUUCGUGUGGAGACAGAGAGUUCGCGCGGAAGACAACACGUUCGGCUCCCUGCUCCGCUGUGUUCACCAGCAGUACCCAGUCUGACCUGUCCUCGGUUUUCAUGAAAAUAAAGUUCAUGAUGUGAAAGUACACUGAAAACGCGUGUGACAGUACACUGAACACUGGGAAAGUGCGAAAUAAUUUGGGACCCUAAACUGCAUGAUUACCAUAGUUUGCUUCUUGCCACGCCAGCGAGGAGAGUAGUGGAGAGCCGGCUACCGAGCCCUAUCAGUAAGCAGCGGCAGCAGUCGUUACGUGCGCGAAGCCAGAUGCAGCCGCUGCAGCCUUGACAAUGGUGCGGCGAUUAGGUUUGACUCCAUCAAUGGCAUCAUGGCGAUUCGUGGUUUCAGUAGUACUGAUCCUGAUGCUACUGAGCGUCGUCUCGUUCACACACUCACAGCCGUCAUCAGCACCGUGCGACACGGAGCUUGGCGUGGCGACGGGCCUGCUCUCGUCACAGCUGAUCACCGCCUCGUCAUCCUACAGCAGGAAGCUGCGGAAGCCGAAGGGUGCAACCGUCACGUAUAAUCCGGGUGACGCACGGCUCAAUACCCACAUUGGCUACGGUGGCUGGUCACCUUGCGGCAAGUCAAAGCAAGAAUACUGGCAGGUUACCUUCAGACAACAGAUCAGGAUUUUCAAGAUUUCUACGAAAGGAUUCAAGCCAAGAGGGGAGAAAGAUGAGCGGUACAUCAAAUCGUUCUCAAUAUAUAUCAGCCUUGAUGGUCAGAACUUCACCAAGGUGUCUGGGCCGACAGGGAGUACGACAUUCGCCGGCAACUCCGACAUUACUACUGUUGUCAACACAACGUUCACCGUGCCGCUUACAGCGGUCAUACUGCGCCUCUCAAACUUCACGGUGAAAAAGGGCGUGGAGAUUGGUCUGCAAGUGGCUGUUUAUGGCUGCAAGCUACCCUACCUGCUAUCUGCAUUGCAGAGCUGCGGCACACCACUCGGCAUGGCAAGCGGAGCCAUUCCGAACGCCUCCAUCACGGCAAGCUCGGUCGACGGGCCGGAGUUUGCGGCAGCGUACGGUCGCUUAGGUACCUCUCUCGGUGGCGGAGGCUGGUGUGGCAAGAAGCCGAUAAAGGAUGACACUCUGAUUCAAGUUGAUCUUGGCCGUGCGCGCUGGAUCAGUGCGGUGGCAACACAGGGUGUGGUGACGACUGAUAGAAAUGAUGAGAUAUUCGUCACCAGAUACACCGUGGGGUAUCAGUUAUCCAAUUCGUCCAACUAUACCGUCCUGGGAAAUGCAAUGUCGCUCCAUGAGCAAGAGUUCACGGCGAAUAACGACGGCAGCACCAUCAACAAGCAGAACUUUGCCGCAGCGUUCAAGGCACGCUACCUCACGCUGAGCAUGUUUGGGGUCGACGAGGACACCGAUCCAUGCCUGCGAAUGGAGAUUUACGGCUGUGAUGCUCUUUCAUCAUCAUUAACAUCGACGACACUGCAAACAGCAACGACGACUGCUGUGCAAACGACAACCUCUCUAGAAACAACAUCUGCUGCGCAAACAACCAUACCGACAACCUUGAAACACACAACAACCUCUGUACAAACUGCACCUCCUGUACAAACAAUGAUGACAACGUCUGCAAUACAAACCACCACACCGACAACUACUGUGCAGACAACGACGGCAACAUCUGCUGGACAAACACUAAGCACGACAGCUCAGUCAAUGCAGCAGGUCACAUCAGCAAGCACAAGACCGCCAGAUGACAUCACACGCCAGGGGAAUUCCCCUGUACCUGUCACGCGUCUAGAUGAUGCACAGCACACGGCAGACAUGACUGUGGACGCCGCAAUGGAAUCAAGCUCGCAAGCCAGCACUGAGCCAUCCACUGGGACAGGCACGGUCGCGACAAAAAGCGGGACUCCCCCGUCAAACACGUCGUCAGCGGCUGAGGCUAAUCGUGGCACAUCGGUCACCACAAUUGGCUUAGGCGCUGCUCUGGGUUUCGUCUGCUUGCUUGGCUUGUGCGUUCUGCUACGAGUUGUCUACAAACGACGACGCAAGAAGAAGUUCAGGAUCCCGUCCAGUGAUUCAGCCGAAGGCCUGUUUAAUAACGGACAUUCCAGGAAAGAAAGUGACUCCGUGUUAUACAACAAUAGCCGGUCCACGUCCGGUGCACGAAGUGCGGAAAAUGUGCUCUACCCAUCAAACGCAGCAAAUCCUGCCGGCAGCACUGCUGGCAAUAACGGUGCGCUCACAACCCUGGCUGAGCACGACGGAGUUCCACGUAUUGAGGACAUCAGGUACUCUAGCGUGCCACUGGGCAGUAUCCAGGGCUCUACGGCCGGGGAAGGCGAUGGGUAUGGCAGAAUAUAUGUCCCAGACACAGCGCACACUCAGCACGGUCACCACACACAGCAGGAUCACCACACACAGCAGAAUGGCAAUGGCACAACGACGCUUGACGCGACCUACGACGACGUCUCAAUGGAAGAAGACGUCGUUCGAAUCCAUGCCAUUGGCCGAAAGCUGGAUGCAAACCACUAUGCGGAAUCCAAGAAAGGUACUCAACACGAUGGGAUCGCCGGUGUAUCUGAGAUGAUGUCAUACGAUGAUGUAGCAUCACAGAGACCCCGUGCUCAUCAUGGCAAGCCGGAAGCCGACUAUGACAAUGUUGCAUUUGAAUACGCCCAGACGGACAUCCUGUAAAGUUGAGCAUUGACAGAUGAGUGAUAUCCGAUCAUCCAAUGAAUCUUUCCUGCUGGGACUUGGGCUAAAUUUUUGCAUUGUUGUGUACUACUCGAAUAUGAUGACGGCAACUGCUUCACCCUAUAAGGAAGGGCUCAUUAAUCAGCACACUUCUAUCAAUAUGAUUGUAAUUUAGCGACACGUUUCUAGGUAGCUAAGCCAACCAAACUACCGCUUGAGCAAAUGCGCUUUGAUCGACUUGACUAUGAUUAUUCCGAUAAAGAUAUUAAAUUAUUAAUGCGAUAUAUUAGUGAAACAAGUUGCGCUUUGAUCAAAGGACUACAAAGUUUAGUGUUGUAGUUUCUCAAUAUAAUACCUUUCUACUGAGUUAUGGUCAGUGAGGGCUGCGUCCCACCCGCCUGUGUGGAUUCACAGGAAGUGUGAGUUAUAAAGUCUGAAGAUGGUGUUGAACGGUCUCUGCUGGGAAGACGGCAACCCAUUGGCUCCGUGAUUAGAGCAUCGCUGGCCUCAGGCGAAGGUCCCUGGUUCGAAUCCUGGUGGUGACAGUCAAUUUUUUCUUCAGACUUUUCCCCGUUUGUGUCUUUCCCUCAAACCAGUGAACGGUACGGUCUCCUGAGUAAUUUAGUCAUUCCCCGCAGUAUUUUGACAUUGAAGGGAACGAAAACCAUCAAUGCAAAUUGUUUAGUAACUGGUGGUGUUAGUGGACAGUAUAGCGUAACUUGUAGUUCCUUGGUCUUUCUCUUUUGUACAAAUAAUUGUGUUAUUUUUUUUAUUGGCUGGUUGUUCGAGGUAAAUUUGAUGCAUACAAGUACGUACACACUGGAUGAAAGACUAAUUGGCCUCCUCCGUUUCAAAAGGAGAUAAUUAUAGUAUUUUUUUUAAUUCUGACGACUGGUUAUGUGUUACUACUAUGUUGAGUGGCAGCAUGUAACUUUAAGUACUUCAGUACGAACUUUUGAUGCUAGGUCACCACUAGAUUAUAACUUCGGUUUCAAUUUAAAUUCUGUGUUCUUUAGUUUAUAAGUUUUUGUUUCCAAGAAUAGCUCAAUUGUAAUGAUGUAUGAUAGCUCAAUUGUAAUGUAUUAUAGACUAAUUUUAUAGUGCAUAUGAAGGCCACUGCGAUUUUUCUAUUAAAAGUUAUACAAUGUUCUA